UUCUCUUCUUCUUCUCAUUCUUCUUUCUCUCAUUCUCUUCAUUCAUCCUCAUCAACCCCAACCACUCUUUUCAGCAACUUACUUCCUUCCCCUAUACAUAAUACUCAACAUGAAAUUCAUUGCUGUCGCCGCUGCUGCUGCUUCCUUGGCUGCCGUUAGUGCUCAAAAGAUUGCCAUCAACAACCCCAUCGAUGGAACCGUAUGGACUUCGGGUCAGACUGGCUACAUUGCUUGGACCGGCAACUGUGCUAGCAUGGGCAACGCUUCCCACGCUGUCGAUAUCCACCUCGUCAACGGUCCCUCGAAUGCAGUUCGUUAUGUCACCACCUUAGGCUCACUCGAUUGCUCUGGAGCCAUCUCCUCCACUACCAUCCCUAUUCCCAGCAACGUCACUUCUGGAGUCUACUCUCUCCGUGUCUUGACCACCCCUGACAACUCUUAUAGCAGCCAGUUCCAACUCAACAACCCUGCCUCUCCUGCCGUUCCCACCGGUGGUCCCACAACCACUGGCGGUCAACAACCCCUGCCCACUGACAACAAGCCUAGCUCUGCAAGCUCAUUGGCUGCUGGUUCCAUCGUUGCCCUGGUCGGUACCGUUGCCGCUGCAUUCCAAUUCCUUCUUUAAAGUAUUUGUUUACUAAUCAUUGGAUGUAUUCAGAAGGUUUAACCCAACCAACAAGAUAUAAAAAAACAAAACAGACAGGAGCAAGCCACGAAGAUGAGAUAGAUCUCCAAAAGGGAGGGAAAAAAGGAAAAGGAGGCUCUCUUUCUUGAUGGAGAAGGCUCUCGUUUCUUUAACUUGUUC